AUGGCCCUCCCAGUGCUCAAGUCUCUCGAAGACUGCGCCGAUUUCUCCAAGGUUGUCGAGCCGUUCCUCCCCCAGCUCUAUGAGUUGCCUUCGAAUGUCGUCAGCACCCUGAGAAACGGCGAGUCGCUACUCAGCCUAUAUGCGAGCACCAAUCCUCUCGUGUCAGGCUUUGCGUUUUCCAUAUUUCUUGGUGGUAUUUUCUGGGUUGCAUCCGAGGCCAACCGCAACUACUCUCAGGUGGAUCGGUUUUGGAGCUUGUUGCCUACUUUCUACAACGCCCAUUUUGCUGCCUGGACACACCUUAAUGAUCUACCAAGUGAAAGAGUAGACUUGGUUCUGUUCUGGAGUGUUAUCUGGAGUGCUCGCUUGACUUUCAAUUACUGGCGUAAAGGCGGCUAUGAGAUUGGUUCUGAAGACUAUAGAUGGGAAAUCAUCCGAGGUUACUGUCACCCGGCAAUAUUUUUCAUAUUUAAUGCAACCUUCAUCUCUUUCAUACAGAGCAUUCUCCUUUUCCUCCUUGCUGCGCCAACCUACAUCAUUCUACUAGCAUCUAAGAUUGAACCAAAUGUUGGCACGGCCGAUUUGCUCUUCGCUGGCACACAGUUAGCCCUUAUCCUAUCAGAAUGGUUCAGCGACCAGCAGCAAUGGGAUUACCAGACGGCCAAGAAGACUUAUCAAAAGACAGCCAAGAUCCCUCGGGGCUGUGGGCUCACCCAAGAAGACCUGAACAGGGGAUUCAUCACAUCGGGGCUGUGGGCAUACUGCAGGCACCCAAACUUUACAGCAGAGCAAACCAUUUGGCUUGUUAUUUAUCAAUGGAGCUGCUACGCUAGCAACGUCCCGUACAGCUGGGCAGCCUCGGGUCCCGUGUUUCUCAUCAUGCUUUUCCAAGGUUCCACGUGGCUUACUGAGCUGAUUACUUCUGGAAAAUACCCAGAGUAUAGAGCUUAUAAGAAGCAGGUCGGUGGUCUCCUGCCAAGUCUGCGACCUUACAAGCCUGUAGUAGCUAUGCCAAAGAUCAUUCGAACAAGCGACCUGGCCAAACGAGAGAAGGCAAAGCAAAAGUAA